AUGAGUGCGCGGGUUCUCACGGGCUUGUCUUUUGUUUUCCGAGGAUUAAGACAGAUUUGGACAUCUUUCAGAUUGCUGAACCUGAUUGGCCGUUUCAACGAACAAUUUGAUACGCGGAAAAUAGAUGCUACAUUCGGCUGUGCUUUCGAUGUGCCUGUAGUGUCGAGUGUGAGUGCUGACCCUGUGUGUCGUGGUGUGCUGUCAGUGGAGCCGACUCGGCUGCGUACACACAUGUCUCUCCCGACGUUCCAGCGGCUUUCGUUCGAGGACGGCUCCCCGAUCGACAACGGCACCGAGAUCGGGCCCUUUGACGAGGACACGACGCUGACCCUCGUCUGCGAAUCGGGCGGAGGGAAACCCGUCGCCAAAGUCACCUGGUGGAACGGCAGCCAGGCGCUUGCAGGCAAAUACUCCGAGACCUUCGAUGAGGACGGCUCAGGUCUCGGCAGGAACGUCCUCCAGGUCUCUCUGACCCGGGAUGACCUCGGCUCCGUCUUCACCUGCGAGGCCGAGAACGCAGCUAUGACCUCGCCCUUCGUGGCCUCCGUCAGCAUCGACGUGAAUGUGCCACCGCUGAGCAUGGACGUGACAGGUGCCGAGGAGGCAGUGCUUGAAGGCGAGAUGGUGACACUGUUGUGUGAAGUGCGUGGUGCCCGCCCGCCCGCCACCAUCACCUGGAUGAACGGCACAGUGCCAGUCGAAGAGGCACCCACCGUAGUUAACGUGCAGGAGGAGUCCGUGGAGAUCCGCCUUGAUGACAACACCUACAAGACACAAAGUCAGCUGACCUUCGAAGCCACGAGAUUCGAAAACGGACAAAUGUUUUCAUGCGAAGCCACCAACUCGGUGCUGGAGAACCGCAACGAACAGCCAAUGAAGAGCGAGGUUGCUCUCAACGUUCACUACGCCCCCGUGGUGAGGGUGAGUCCCGAGAACAUCACCGUGAACGAGUCAAUGGACAUCCUCGUCUUCUGCCAGUACGAUGCCAACCCGCCGGAGCUGACUCAUGUCUACUGGUACCAGGACAACAACCAGGUAGACGUCGCCGGCUCUCCCGAGAAAUACGGGAACGGCAACGUCGACCAUCCGUCUCUGCUCAUCAAGAACAGCUCGGCCUCAGACAUGGGCGAUUACACAUGCCGCGUCGCUAAUAAGAUCGGGUCAUCGGAGGUCAUCAACAUGGCGUCGGUCAGCGUCCAGUUCCGGCCUCAGGUUCACGUGCUCAUGGAACCAUCUGAACCUGUGUCGGAGGAAGCGCGACUCAAUGUGACCCUUAUAUGCGACGUCGUAAGGGCUAACCCCGAGUUCCUGGUGCGCGUGCGCUGGUACCUCGAUGGAGAACUGCUGAAGGAACUCCCCGAGUGCUACGGCAACAACUCGCUCUAUGACCGCGAUUCGGACCUCUGCGACAUCGACCCCUCGCGCCUGCUGCUGGAGAAUGUAUACAGGGACUUCCAGGGGAACUACUCGUGCGAGGGCAUGAACGACGCCGGCUGGGGAGCGAGGUCGAACGAGGCCGAGCUGGUGGUCCAUUAUCCUCCAGGAAAGGCCACCAUUGCUUAUCGACCCCCCAUGGCUGUGAAGGGCAUCUCGCUCGAGCUCACCUGCAGCGUGCAGGACCCCGGCCAACCCGAAGCAACGGAGUUCAUCUGGUACCGCGGCGCCCAUCGCGUUCCCGACGAGACCUCCGCCACGUGGAUCAUCGACCCCGUGUCCCUGGAGACCGAGGACGAGUUCACGUGCAUCCCCGUCAACAGCGAGGGGUCGGGCGAGAACGCGACCACCAGGAUUGAUGUUCUGGCCGCACCUGUCUUCAUCGAGCGUCUGCCUCCCUACUACGGCGCCCUCAUGAAUGCCGAGGAGGUCUCGCUGUCGUGCCGCGUCGAGUGCUCGCCGCUGUGCUCCAUCGAGUGGUUCAAGGAGGACGUCCCUCUGCACAACGACACCUACUACAUCAUCAGGACGGAGACCAUCCCGCCCAAUCCUUCGUCGGGUGACCUCGAGAGCGUGCGCUCCUUCCUCACUUGGAGGAUGAGCAGGUGGCCUGAGGGCGUCCUGGACCGGGAGCAAGACAACGCCAAUUACACCUGCUCCUCCACGCCCAACGUCGCCGGCCCAGCGGUUUCCUCGCGGACCUAUUUUAGAGUGGAAUACCCCCCCGAGGAGAUCAUCGUGUCGCAGUCGUUCAUACAGGUGGUGGAGGGCGAGGUGCCCCCCAAGAUCGAGUGCCGGGCGUCGAGCUACCCGGAGGCCAUGUACGUCUGGUUCCACGGCGAGGAGGCUGUGUCGAGCAACGCCGUUCUCAACAUCGACUACCCGAUCGAGCGCAAUCGGGCCGGCGAGUACGUGUGCGUCGCCAAGAACCGCCACGGAGAGAUGACCGCCUCGACCGCCUUCGACGUCCUGUUCAAACCAGAAUGCAAGAUCGACCGGGAGGAUCGAGGCAGCGGCGAGGACGCUGAAAUUCUUCUCAUCUGCCGAGCCUCCGCCAACCCUGAGGAUGUCGUGUUUAGAUGGCGUCUAUUGAACGAGACCUUGACAGAGCACGUGACGUCAAAGGGCCUCACGUCCUUCCUACGUCUACCUGCCACGGCGGAAUCCCGAGGAACCUAUUACUGCUACGUCAAUAAUACCAUCGGCGAGAGCAUCCCCUGCGAGAUCGAUGUAACAGGUGUCGCAGGCAUCAUUGAGAAGCUCGGAGAUGACAAGAUCUUCACCAUAUCCGCCAUCGUAGCUGCUGUCGUCGUCCUGGUCCUCAUCAUAUGCGUCGUCAUCAUCGUCAUUUGCCGCAGACAAAGACAAGUCGGAAAAUUCAACGGUGCUGGAAGUCUGCCGGACAGAGAGAACACGGAAGGGACCUCGCCCCGCCCUGACCCCUUCUCCCCCGCCUCAGUCCAACCAGUACAUAAGUGGCCGCUCCGACCAGGUGUCCACGUCCAUAUCAACUCACUCACUAGCCUGACCGAUGACUCGAAACCCUUACAUAACAACAACACGAUCGGAUCCGCUACAACGAUGACGAGUCUCUCCUCGCCUCCUCCACCACCCCCACCACCUCCUCCUCCCAAUUCCUCAGCCCCUCCACCUCCACACCACCUGCAGCAGCAACACCACUCCUACCAUCACAGCUUGCACCAUCAUAAACAGAUCAAUCAGCAUCCGAGUUACUCCCACCCACUCCAGCCUCACCAACAAUACCCUUCAACGCUCGAUACGAAGCGUGGAAGGUCAAGCAUCCGCAAGAAUAACUCCCACAAUAACUCCCACAAUAACUCCCACACACUCCCUCGCCAAACGUCCAUUGACAUCCCUCGAGAUGACCACAUAAGCCUCCACUCCACCGGUCACUCUCCCAACUCCUAUCCUCACUCCACGACUAACAACUGUAGCACGAACAAGCAUAGACCAAAAAGUGCUGUAUCUGACCUUGACGCAAACUCUCACAUGGGGAAUUCAGUCGUGGUACAGACCAAGCCAGAAACCAGCAGCGGGUCAUCGACUGGACGCAAACGCAAAAAGCCAGGUCAAGACCCAGAGCCUUCUAAGACCCCGACCGUCGGGCCAAAGGAUAAUGGAGUCCCUUCACCGCCUGACGAAGACAAACAAACCUUCUACGAGAACUUGCCUUUCCACGGAAUGCAGCCGCCACCAAAUAAGGACGCUCCAGAUGCCGCCCUGACUGCUGGCGGAGGAAGCAGACCUCCCAGUCAGCUGAGUCAGCAGGCGUCGUCGGGCUACGGGUCCACUCGCAGCCGGAAAGACGUCACUCUGACGCAGUGCUCGGAGGAGGGCUCAAAGGGCAAGCGCCAUGACGUGAGCUUCCAGCAGGACGUCGAGGACAGCUCGGGAGGAUUCAGCCGGCUCAGGAGGCAGAACUCCGAGUCCUACGGCUCGAUGAGGAGCACCUCGGAGAAGUCGGCGAAGAGCGCCCUGGCGAGGACGGCGGCGUACUUCUCCAUGCGGCUGCCCGGCGCCGCCAGGAGGAAGCAGCGGAAGAAGAGCCAGGGCGAGGAGAACCACCAGAUGAUCGACAAGCAGAAGCCCAUCAAAGCCGUGCCGUCGAGAGACUCCACCGCCUCGACGACGCCGCUGAGAGGCUCGGAAGACGCAGCUCCUUCGGCCUCGUCGCCAGAGCAGCAGACGACCCACUUCUCCAGCGAGUCCAAGCACAGCGUCACCUCGCAGCCCACCAGCAGCACGGUCAUUGUCGAGUCCAGUCAGACGUCAAAGCUCACGGUCGUCACGCGGCCCUUUUCGAGAGCGGAGUCCAACAACAACUCGGUCUUUGCCGAGGGCGCGCCCCACCCGAGCGGCUUCCGCCCUGCUAGAAGCACCAAAGUCUCCCCGCAAGAGCCCUCCUCCGACCCACGCACUGGUGACGUCACGGGGAGCACAGACACCCUGCCGACCCCAGCGCCGCGGAACGGCGGUGGCGGGAAGCAAAAACACACGUACCAAAAUAUCCCUCUCCCUGCCAAGGAUAAGAGUAAGAAUGGCCAGCCAACCCAACAAGAUUCAUCCGAGAACCGAAAGACUGCCAGCUACGGGUCAUCCCAGCAUCAGAAUCCUACGCCUAGCUCCUCCUCCUCCUCCUCCUCUCCGUCCUCAUAUCACUACCAGCCUCAGUACCAACAGCACUACCAAAGACAGCCAUCUUUGUAUAAACAGUAUCCUUCAUCAUCAUCCAUAAAUCAGACUCAUCCAUCAUAUCCAUCCUCACGACAGCCAUACUCAUCAUCCACAUACCCCCACAGUUCGGAGAGCCAGUCUCACGCGACGUCAUAUCCCAGUACCCAAUCACAUCCUGCCACGUCAUACCCCAGCAGCCAGUCACAUCCUGCCACGUCAUAUCUCAACACCCAAUCAUCAUAUCCCUCAAAAAGCCAAUCACAUCUCCCGAAAUACGCGCCAGGAGUUGUGUACGCUGACCUAGCCUUAUCCCGUAAUGGCCAUCCUCACUCGUAUAGAAGAGAUCUCAACACAGAGUAUGCCAUCCUCCAGUUUAAUGGCCCGAUUGUUGGCCAGGAAAUCGACGUAUAGAGCCGUUCCUGACUGACCUGGGAGGAGGGGACCUAGAGUACGCCGACGUGGACUACGCCACCUACACCUACGGCCCCAUCCCGUACAAGGCCGCUUCCGUCGCCAACGCUCAGGAGAAAAAGGCCGAGCACGAAGCCGAGCA